AUGGACGCGAGAGAGAAGACGUUCGUCCUCGCCGAAGGCGUCAAUGCGACUAUCGUGGGUCCCCUCGUGAGCGUCCCCGGCUGGGACGCCGUCGCCUGCGCGGAUUCGUGCGUCAGGAACGCGAACUGCUCGGUGUUUUCGAUGGAGACUGGGCCCGGCGCCACGGUCUGCCAACUGGGGAGCGACGCCUCCACCUUCCUGGCGAAUCCCGCCGGCAUGUCUGCUGCUCUCUAUUAUGACAGGAACCUCGUCCCACCCGGUUACGAAUUUGCGACGAUCACGACCGAGAUGCAUUUCCUGAAGCCUGUGAGCGGGAUGCAGGAUUAUCAGACCGGGUUGGCCGCAUGCCAGACCGACGGCUCGACCACUCACCUCGUCCAGGACGACAAGGGCCUGGAUUGGCACGACUUCAUCUUGCAGUACGCCGCGUCGAAACUCGGAGCGAGUACCGUCUUCUGGUUGGGAGGCGACGACCUCGACGGGGAUCUGGUCUACAAAUGGAACGACGGAACGGCGGUGUCGGCUUCGGUGCAGGACUUCUGGUAUACCGGGCAGCCAUCAUAUGGGUACGGAGAAACCUUGGAGCAAUGCAUGGUCAUUCACUGGGAAAGCGAAGGCGUAGUCGACGAGUGGAACGACGGGGUCUGCUCCGAACUCAAGGGCGUCAUCUGCGAGAAACGCCUGCCGUGAUCCUCAUCCAGAUCAUCUCGAUGGCAUUUCCUGCCACUUUGGCAGUCUCGAAUGGCCUGCGAUUUUCUUGCUGUAAUCGUUUUUUCGCAUCGUCCUGCACGUGAAGCAGCUUACACACACGUAACAUUGAGAAUACCGAUCUACGCAGGAUGGCACCGAUUUCGCACACAAAUUCGCGUUCACCUCGAGUUCAUGAUCUGCCACGUUUUGCUGUUAAAAGACCCACAGAUUUCUGGAUCAAGUGCUUUUGCAAGAUUUUCUCUGCCAAUUUUCAUCCACGUUUCCUCUAAACGGGUGCAAUUUCUUUCUAGUCUUUGUUGCGGGAUUGGAUAUAGGAAAG